AAAAAAUAAUUAUCAAAAUUAAUGGGAUUGUUGGUUUUUCAGCAAAAUAUAAUUUUUUAAUGUAAAUAUAUUUAAAAAUAUUUUCUAACUGGCAUCAGAAUUCAAAAUACAAAUUGUCCAGCAGUCCGAGACAUGCGUAGUAGUUUUAUGUCAUUCAGCAAAAGAAUCACAGUUGAGAUAACAAAGCAGUAAAAGUAUGUCCAAGAUUUAUUGUCGCGAUUGUUGUCAAUGCCAUUAUUAUUCAGAUCGAAACGCCAAAGUGUUAUGACUUCUUGACUAUGAAUAGUGACAGUAAUUAUUAUUUAAAUUUAUAUAAAAAUAAUAAUUGCAAUAUUUAUUUAUUAUAAUGGCCAUUAAUUGGGGAGAAUUAUUUCCUGGAAGAUGGAGUGGAGUUAUAUUUGUUUCCUACAUGGCAUUAUUUAUCAAUCAAGGAAUUAUUGUAACAUGGUCGCAAAAUAAAGGAGAUUAUAAAUAUAAUUUUGUAACUGUUGUACUUUUAACUGAAAUUGUUAAAUUAAUUGUAUCAAUUAUUUUGUACUGCCGCGACAAUAAUGCAUCAUUAUUUUUUCACGAACUCAUAAAAUAUCGUAAGAUAUUUUUACUUUAUAUGGUGCCAUCAUUAUUGUACUGCUUUUACAAUAAUUUAUCAUUUGUAAAUUUAGCUGCGUUUGAUCCGACAACAUAUUAUUUGUUGUUACAAUUUCGUGUUGUUAUUACUGGCAUCAUAUUUCAGGUUGUAUUUAAAAAAAAAUUAUCAUCAAAGCAAUGGAUUUCAUUAGUGAUUUUAACUCUUGGCUGUAUGAUGAAACACGUUGACUUUAAUUUAAACAGCAGUAAUUUAUUAAAAAACUUCCCAUUAAAUAUAAAUUUAUUUUUCAUUUUUAUACAAACGAUUUGUUCCUGUCUAGCAGGAGUAUACAAUGAAUAUCUUCUCAAAGGCCAGGGCGCAGAUAUUGACAUUUUUUUACAAAAUGCAUUUAUGUACAUCGACAGUAGUAUUUGUAAUGUAUUUUUAUUAAUAGUACAGGGUAACUUCCUAAAAGUAUUUGACGACUUAGGUCCUAGUAUUCUGUUUCAACCAAAGGUGUUAUUAAUAAUAAUAAAUAACGCGGCAAUAGGUAUAAUUACCUCAUUUUUUCUUAAAAAUUUAAAUUCGAUAUUAAAAACGUUUGCCAGUGCCUUAGAACUCGUGUUCACUGCAAUACUAUGUUGGAUAAUAUUUGGUAUUCCUAUUUAUAUGAACACAAUACUGGCAAUAGCUAUGGUAAGUUAUGCGGUAAUAAUAUACUCACAAAAUCCAGUACAAAAUGUCUCUCCAAAAAUAGAAGUCAAACAUGACAAAGAAGAGCUCGAAGAAUUAAUUGUUUAAUUUAUUUAUUACUCUAGUUACUUAUUUAUUUUUUACUCAUAAAAGUCAACUGCUCAGUUCCCAGCUCUCACUUUUUUAAAUUUCCCGCCUAUAAAUUUUUUCUUGCUAAUUUUAUGCUCCAUAAAAAUUAAAAAUUUUUUUUUUUAUUUUAAAACAAAAUUUUGUUUUGAGGGCAAUUUUAGAUGAUCUCUUCUCUCUACAAAAAUUAAAUCGCCUAAAAAUUUUGUCACUGUGUUAAUAUUUUAUUAACGGAUUGAAAAAAACUAAACGUCAGUUAAAAAAAGAAAAAUCUGACAUUUUUCUGCAAGAUUUUUUAAAAUAAAAUUUUAUUAGAAAUUUUAUAUUUUAAAUUAUAAUUAAGAAAAAUUUUUAAUUUAAUUUAUUUAUAAUAUAAAUUAGCUUUUAAUAUAUUAGCUAUCGAGGGCUGUGAUGAUGAUUGUAGUUCGAUAAUCAAAAUAGACUUUUGCUCAGUUUUAUUUUUCCUGUAAAAUAUAUCAAAGCCCCACGUCCGCCUAAACGACCUAUGACUUUGUUUGUAAAAAUUUUAAUUUAAAAUGUAAAAUUAAUUAGUGGAAAAUUUUUUUAUAAAUUACCAUAUAAAAUGAAAAUAAGUAAAUCUGUAACGGAAUAUCAGUUUAUGCUCCUAAAUUUUUUAUGAAAGUAAUAACUUGGUUGAAUGAAAAUAAAUAAUUUAACAAAGAAUCCGUCUAGUCCGUAAGAAAAAUAAUUAUCUCUUAAAAUAAUUCAGCGACUUGGUUCGAUGAAGAAUGAGAGUUCAGAGCUAUCGCAUGAGCGUUUUGUGUAACGUAUAGUGGAAUAUAUUGUAAGCUAUGGUUGAAUAAAAUAUAAGAAUACAAUUAGAAAAGGUUUAGUGCAAAAAUGAUCUGGUUAAAUAUGUUUGAAAAAAAGCGGAAGUCGCUGAUAGAAAAAAUACUUUUAUUGAAAAAUUAAAUUCUUGAUUUAAGAAAUUAAUUUUUUGAAAAUUUUUAAUAAAAUUAUAUUCUAAUGAAUAAAUCACAAUAUCUUUUUUAGUAAUUUGAAAAAAAAAAAAAAGUUUAUUUAUUACAAAAUAAAAUAUUUUUGAAACAAAUUAACAAACUAUUCUUUUACAACCUAUAUCAUUAAACACAACAAAAUAUGUAAAUAUAUAAAAAUUUGUUUUAGAAAUAUUUUAUUUUGUAGUAAGUAGACUUUUUUUUGGGGCGUUCAUAAAAAACGUCACGCAAAAUUUUGCCUUUUUAGACUUACCCUUGUUCGUCACGCUAUGUCACAUUUUUUGCGACUCCUCUCCUAUUGCGUCACAAAUGGCAAGACCCCCCUCCCUUCCCCAUAAUGAUAUAUGACAAUUAAGAGCAAACAAAUUUCAAUAUUUUUAAAUAUUCAUCAAUUGCAAUAAAAAAAUUUUAAUAAGUAACUGUGAUUUCAAAAAACUGAUAGAAAAAUUUUCAAAAUUGUAUGAUGUGCUGCGAACUUCACGUUUCUUUAGACACCCCGAGCUUACUUGUUACAUUUGGUCACAGUAAACGACACCCGCUUUUCUAUAAGUGCGAACGAAUUUCAUAUACUGCCCCUAUUAAAAAAUAGUUAUUACUAAAGUGAUUGUGAUUUUUUCUAUCAAUAAAAUAAUUUUAUUGCAAAUGUUCGAUAAAUUAAUUUUUGGAUCAAGAAUGUAGUUUUUUAAUUAAACUAAUUUUUAUCAGUUUAAAACAAUAAAAUGUAUAAGAAAGCUGAAUAAUAAUGAGGGACUGGCAAUCGAGUAGUUUAUUCUACUUAAAUAAAUGAUAAUUUUUUACUAGCUAAUGAAAGUAUUAAUUAAUCUAAUUAGUCUAAGUCAAAUAAUAUGGUGGCCACAUUUCUGGAAAACCAGGAACUGUCGGAAUCAUAAAUGUACUGGAAAAAUCAAGGAAAAGUCAGGGAAUUUCGUUACAAAGCUGGGAAAAUUUUUACUUUCUUUUCUUUCGACUGAAAAAACGAUAAAUUUUUUUUUCUGUCAAACUGUUCAAAAAGCAGCGCGGCGCGAAUACGAUUGUAAUAUAAUCUUGAAAAAAAAUAAGUAGAAAUUUAUUCGAUAGCGAAAAAAUGAAGCAGUUAGAAUUAAAAAGGCUGUUAGAAAAAAAAAGUCUUAGUAGAAACCAAUCGUCAGGAUCUUCAAGCUAUUAACAUGCAUAUUGACAAGUUAAAAAACCAAAAACAUUGAAAGUAUACACAAGUAUUGAACUAAUAAGUUUCACUAUAUUUAUUAUUCGCGUACUUGAUUAAUAUUUUAUUAAUAUUCUAUAAAACGUUCUUAUUUAUGAAAUUUAUUCUAGUGAAAAUGAAAAAUUUAUUUAUAUUUUAUUAUAGAGUAAGUUAUAUAAAAACAGAUUUAAAAUAAAAAAUAAAAAAUUAUUCAUUUAAUAAAUAAAAAAAAUCUAUGAACAUUGACAAAUAAUAAAAUAAAGUUUCAUUUAACGACAAUGAUUUAUUAUUUAUUGAACUGACUCAUAGCAUUUUAUUUUGCAUUAAAUAAAUAUUUCCAAUGAUUUAAUAUUACUACAUACGGUCAGGGAAUUUUUAAAUUAUUUGACUAGAAUACCUGGAAAAGUCAGGGAAUUUCAGUUUCGAAAAUCUGUGGUCACCAUGAAUAACAAUGAAUUAUAAUAAUCUUUAAAUAAAAAUUGAAUAAAUAACUGAGUAAUCAAUACUGCCUAGCAAAAGAAUAAAUAAAUAUUUUUUAAUUAUCUACUAGUCAUAAAUAAUUUAUUAAUACUAUUACAAUAAAAUCAAGGGUUUAUAUAUAUCAGUCUGUGUCUAAUGUAUGCUAAUAGAUGAAAAAAAAAAAUAAAUAAAUAAAA